GCCCAUAAUGUGGAUCACAAGGCCAAGUCCAAAUAAAUAUCUCCCAUAGCCAGAAGAAAAGAAGAAGAGCAUUUGAAGAAUCCGAGAGACAGACAGGAGGCAGCGGCCUGAAUGCACAGCAAUUCUCAAAACAUAAUCAAGCUAAGGGCUCUGAGCAUCGAAGUAAGAAAAUAAAAGAAGCCAAGGCUUCAACCAACAAACCAACAGCUCUCUCUCUCUCUCUCUCUCUCUGCCUCACUCUCUUCUUCAACCCCUUUUUUAUGGUGAUUAGUUCCCUCUACCACCAUAUUUAUGCAAGCAAAAAAUGCAGUCCUCCUACCACUCCAAUUCAAGAGAAUCUCUGAUCGUGUUAUUUAAAGCGCGCAAUUGAACGAAACGCUGCAUGAGCACUGGACUCAAGGCCCCUCUCGUUAUUCGCGCCUUGCUUUCUUCUCCGAUUUCCCAUUCUUAAUUUCUCACUAACACUGUACGGACUUGAUACUUCUCUGAGUCGUCAUUCGCGCUUUGCUUUCUUCUCCGAUUUCCCAUUCUUAAUUUCUCAAAAACACUUCUGCCUGCAGCAGAAUUCAAAAUGCUGACGUGUAUAGCUCGUUCUAAACAACCCGGUGAUGACUCACUGAGUCAAGCCGAUGACGACUCAGCCGCCGCCACCGCCAAUCAUCAUCUCUCCGCAGCCAAACAACAACAACAACAAGCAGCCAUCAAAUCCCUAACUUCUCAGUUGAAGGACAUGGCAUUAAAGGCAUCAGGUGCAUACCGCCACUGCAACCCAUGCACGGCGCCAAACACAACUACUCAGAGUCGACUCAGGAGCAACUCGACUGAGUCAGACGCCGAAUCAGAGAAAUUCAGGUGGUCGCUGCGGCGGACGGGAAGCUCGAGCUCGACGACACCGCGUACGUGGGGAAAGGAGAUGGAGGCGAGGCUGAAAGGAAUAUCGAGCUCCAGUGGCGAAGGGACUCCGAAUUCGGUAAAUGGUAGUGGGCGUCGGGUCGACCCGCCAAUAGUAUUCGUUGAAGAAAAGGAACCUAAAGAAUGGGUGGCACAAGUGGAGCCCGGUGUUCUCAUCACAUUCGUUUCGCUUCCAAGGGGAGGGAAUGAUCUCAAGCGGAUACGCUUCAGUCGAGACAUGUUUAACAAGUGGCAAGCUCAAAGAUGGUGGGCAGAGAACUAUGACAGGAUCAUGGAGCUUUACAAUGUCCAGAGGUUUAACCGCCAAGCUUUCCCACUACCAACACCCCCAAGAUCCGAGGAUGAGAGCUCAAAGAUGGAAUCUGCAGAAGACAGCCCAGUAACACCUCCACUGAAUAGAGAACGGCUACCCCGUAACUUGUAUCGUCCAACAGGAAUGGCAAUGGGCUACUCGUCCUCAGAUUCACUUGACCAUCACCCAUUGCAGGCCCGUCAUUACUGUGAUUCUAUUGGUUUCACCUCCACCCCAAAACUCUCCAGCAUCAGUGGAGCUAAGACAGAAACAUCAUCAAUGGAUGCAUCUAUAAGAAGUAGCUCAUCGAGGGAGGCUGAUCGCUCAGGAGAGCUUUCCAUCAGCAAUGCCAGUGAUAUGGAGACUGAAUGGGUCGAGCAGGAUGAACCAGGUGUUUACAUCACUAUCAGAGCCUUGCCAGGUGGAAAAAGAGAGCUCAGACGAGUCAGAUUCAGCCGAGAAAGAUUCGGGGAGAUGCAUGCCAGAGUGUGGUGGGAAGAGAACCGAGCCAGGAUACAUGAACAAUACUUGUAAUUGAGCAAUACGGUGGCUGCUGGUUCGUUGUAAUUGUGGGGGUGUGUUUUUCCCAAUAUUUUUAACUUUAUUUUUUUUUUUAAUUUUCUUUUGGUCUGCCAUACCGGUAGAAUCUCUUCCAUAGAUAUCCGAAAGGUGCUGCUGGCACUCGUCGAUGCUGGGCACACCACUCGCUCCAUCCUUCGAUCCAAACUGUGAAGCCUCCCAGCAUCGUAACUACGCGAGCAUAUAUCCUUUGUGGGAUGGGGACGUCGACUUAAAUCCAUAUUUUUAACAGUUUCUUUUGAUCACGGGGGGCUAAAAGAGCAGCAUUGGUUGUGUAUUUUCAAGUAAUUUGGGUGGUCGACACAUCAAGAAGUAUCAAUGAAAGAAUGUGUUUUCUCCUCCCU